CGCAAAGGAAAACACGGGGAAAACACUGGCUGUUGCAACAGGAAGAAGAGCACUGAUUUAAAAGGAUUUGCUUGCAUCAGAAACACACGCUUCACUUACUGGAACUUUCAGCUUCUUUGCAAACCACUGAGGAAAGUAUGAUGCUCAGAGUUGUGCUAGCAGUGCUGCUGCCAGUGGCAGCUUAUCAAUCCCCUCUGCCCACAGACUGCAGUGACAUCUACAGAUCUGGAUCGGGCCUGGACGGAGUGUACACCAUCUACCCAGCAGGCCCCACUUCUCCUGUGCAGGUUUACUGUGACAUGAGCAAGGACAACAUCGACGAAUCUCCAGAAAAAUGGACGGUCAUUCAGAGGAGACAAGAUGGCACAGUGAACUUCUUCAUGAAGUGGGAGCACUACAAAAAUGGAUUUGGCAGCGCUGCUGGAGAGUACUGGCUGGGCCUGGAGACAAUGCACCUGCUGACAACGGCCAAGAGAUACGAGCUGAGGGUUGACAUGGAAGACUUUGAGGGCCAGAAGGUCUUUGCCUUGUAUUCUUCCUUCUCUGUUGGUCCAGAGGUGGAGGGAUACGUACUAAACCUGGGGACUUUCAUCAAGGGAGCAGCAGGAGACUCUUUACAUCUUCACAAUGGACAGAAAUUCACCACCACUGACAAAGAUCAAGACACUCAUGGUUCAAAUUGUGCCAGGCUGGCCUACGGAGGAUUCUGGUACGCGGCGUGCUUUGCGGCGAACCCCAACGGGAUCUACACCUGGGGAGCCUCACCUCGUGCAGCUGGUGUGCAAUGGAGCACUUUUAAAGGACUCGAAUACUCCCUGAAAACCAUGAUAAUGAAGAUCAGGCCGAUUGCUGAAUAAAGUGGAGCUGGAUCGACUUCAGUCUGAAUGGUAGAAAUCAUAAAUAAAGUUUCAUUAAUAUUUAUUUCACAUGGAAACAUAUCAUCUAACGCCUCCCUCAGUCUGCAGACUCAGAUUCUAAACUUUUCUUGACCAAAUCAACAAUUAAUUUAUCCUACUGGAGAGUAUUGUCUGAUAUACCUUAUCUCUCUGUGUACUGAAGUAUUCCUUCACUUAAAAGAACACGAGCACCUUAUUUUAUGUCCACUCAGUUCCUACUGUCAUAAAUACCCACUAGAAGGUCAAAUGUGUUAACCCGCAGAUGAAAAUAGUCCCAAACACAUGCACUGUUUACUCCCAGAAACAAAAAAAUCCAUGAUGUGGUCUUCAAUCUCAUCAAAGUACAAAAUCGUGAUCUUCUGCUAGCACAAAGAUACCGCAUACGGACUUUGUAGAGGGCAGGUUAUUUGUGGAUGGAGUAUCAGGUUGAGUACUUCACCUACAAAACAAGCAUUCGCUGGCUCCUCUGCAGCCAAAACCUCCUCCACAGUUUCAGGUGUGCACACCCAACGUCUAGAGAUUCACAGGACGCCCAGUCUCAAUGUUCAACAAAUUAAUAUGACACGAAAACCGUGCAAACCCAAGCUGAAAUCUUCACAUCACUGGUCUGACUUAAUCAUCAAUUUCCAGUGAUAUACAAACAAGACAAGCAGCAAGUCAUAACUUAAAUGAGUACGUUUUGGUACUUUUUCUUGAUAAAUGAAAUAAAAGAGAUUUUCAAGACUG